CAGAGCCCAGGAAAGAGGCUUGGGCUGCAGCAUGGAUCCACAGGAGCUGCCCCCUCCUGCCCCAGAAGAAAAUGAAGUGAAAUAUGAUACCAAUAACAAUGAAGAGGAGGAAGGAGAACAAUUUGAUUUUGACAGUGGAGAUGAAAUCCCAGAAGCAGACAGACAAGUGCCAUCUGGCCCUGAGGCGGGGAGCGUGGGAGCAGAGGAAGCCAUCUCACCUGCUGGAAGUGACGACGGACCUAGAAUAGAAACCCCUGCAGAGGUAGAACCUACCAAACUUGUGGUCCCGAUGAAAGUCAAUCCAUAUUCCAUCAUCGACAUCACGCCAUUCCAGGAAGACCAGCCACCGGCACCAGCCCCCAGUGCCGAAGAGGAGGCUGUGGGCCUGCACAUGCCCAGCGGGUACUUGGUGCCCGUGCCCUGCGGCUACGCUGUCCCCUCCAACCUGCCCCUACUCCUGCCCACCUACUCCAGCCCGGUCAUCAUCCGUGCAGUGUCUGUGGACGAAGAAGAAACCCCAGAAGUCACAGAAGAGCGCCAGUUUAAUUCUUUGAGUUCUGAGGACCCUCCAAACAGUGAAGAUCAAGUCCAUAAAGAAGACAGCGCCUUGGCCCGAUGGGUUGCGGAUCCCGCCAACACAGCCUGGAUGGAGAAUCCAGAAGAAGCAAUUUAUGAUGAUGUUCCAAGAGAAAAUUCAGACUCUGAACCAGAUGAAAUGAUUUAUGAUGAUGUUGAGAAUGGAGAAGAAGGUGGAAACAGCUCUCUGGAGUACGGAUGGAGUUCAAGUGAGUUUGAAAGUUAUGAAGAGCAGAGUGACUCGGAGUGCAAGAAUGGGAUUCCCAGGUCCUUCCUGCGCAGCAACCACAAAAAGCAACUUUCUCAUGACCUCACGCGUUUAAAGGAGCACUAUGAGAAAAAGAUGAGAGAGUUGAUGGCGAGCACAGUGGGCGCAGUGGAGAUUCAGCAGCUCAGGCAGAAGCAGGAGCGGAAGAUGCAGAAGCUCAUGAAGGCAGCGAAAGAAGGCACCAAGGAUGGGCUCGAGAAGACCAAGGCAGCCGUGAAGAGGGGCCGCUCGUUCAUUAGGACCAAGUCCCUCAUCGCGCAAGAUCACAGGUCUGGUCUCGAGGAGGAGCAGAGUGUGUUCAUCGAUGUUGACUGCAGACACCCAGAUGCCGUCUUGACCCCCAUGCCUGAGGGCUUGUCUCAGCAGCAGGUUGUAAGGCGAUACAUUCUGGGAUCAGUUGUUGACAGUGAAAAGAACUACGUAGAUGCUCUUAAGAGGAUUUUGGAGCAAUAUGAGAAGCCACUGUCCGAGAUGGAGCCCAAGAUCCUGAGCGAGAGGAAGUUGAGGAUGGUGUUCUACCGCAUCAAAGAGAUCCUGCAGUGCCACUCCCUGUUCCAGAUCGCAUUGGCCAGCCGCGUGUCCGAAUGGGACUCCGUGGAGAUGAUUGGCGACGUGUUUGUGGCUUCGUUCUCCAAGUCCAUGGUGCUAGAUGCUUACAGUGAGUAUGUGAACAACUUCAGCACAGCUGUGGCUGUCCUCAAGAAAACCUGUGCGACGAAGCCUGCUUUUCUCGAAUUUUUAAAGCAGGGCCAGGAGUCGAGUCCAGACCGGACCACACUCUACAGCUUGAUGAUGAAGCCCAUCCAGAGGUUCCCGCAGUUCAUCCUCCUGCUCCAGGACAUGCUGAAGAACACCCCCAGAGGACAUCCUGACCGGCUGCCUCUUCAGAUGGCACUCACAGAGCUUGAAACAUUGGCAGAGAAACUAAAUGAAAGAAAGAGAGAUGCUGAUCAGCGCUGCGAAAUCAAGCAGAUAGCAAAGGCCAUCAACGAACGCUACCUGAACAAGCUUCUCAGCAGUGGAAACCGGUACCUCAUUCGGUCCGAUGACAUGAUAGAAACAGUGUACAAUGACAGAGGAGAGAUUAUGAAAACCAAAGAGCGCCGGAUCUUCAUGUUAAAUGACGUGUUGAUGUGUGCCACAGUCAGCUCACGCACCUCCCAUGAAAGCAACACUAUCACCAGCCAAAGGUACUUGCUGAAGUGGAGCGUCCCGCUGGGGCAGGUGGACGUCAUAGAAUAUGGUGGGAACCAGGGUGCGGGAGAGCAUGGCAGGCACCCUACCACGCACCCACCCGAGAGCCUGGCAGUGGUUGCCAACGUGAAGCCAAACAAAGUUUACAUGGGGCCGGGACAACUGUAUCAAGAUUUACAAAACUUGUUGCAUGACUUAAAUGUAAUUGGUCAAAUCACUCAACUGAUAGGAAACCUUAAAGGAAACUAUCAGAACUUAAACCAAUCAGUAGCCCAUGAUUGGACAUCUGGCUUACAAAGGCUUAUUUUGAAGAAAGAAGAUGAAAUCAGAGCUGCUGACUGCUGCAGAAUUCAGCUACAGCUCCCAGGGAAGCAGGACAAGUCUGGGAGACCGACUUUCUUUACAGCUGUGUUCAAUACGUUUACCCCUGCCAUCAAAGAGUCUUGGAUCAACAACUUGCAGAUGGCCAAACUUGCCCUGGAAGAGGAGAACCACAUGGGCUGGUUCUGUGUGGAAGAUGAUGGGAAUCAGAUGAAGAAGGAGAGGCACCCCCUCCUUGUUGGACACAUGCCCGUGAUGGUGGCCAAGCAGCAAGAAUUCAAGAUUGAAUGUGCUGCAUAUAAUCCUGAACCUUAUGUGAACAGUGAAAAUCACCCAGACUCAUUCUCUACGGCACAUGGUUUCCUGUGGAUCGGAAGUUGUACCAAUCAGAUGGGUCAGAUCGCCAUCGUCUCCUUUCAAAAUUCCAACCCCAAAGUCAUCGAGUGCUUCAAUGUGGAGUCUCGCAUCCUGUGCAUGGUGUACGUGCCCGUGGAGGACAGGUGCCGAGAGCCCCAAGCAGCCCCGGACCCCGACACCUCAGCCGCCAGAGCUUCCGAUGUCCCCACCAUCUGUUUAGGGACGGAGGAGGGAAGCAUUUCCAUUUAUAAAAGCAGUCAAGGCUCCAAGAAGGUGAGGCUUCAGCACUUCUUUACCCCUGAGAGGUCCACAGUCAUGAGCCUGGCUUGCACAGUGCGGAGCCUGUACGCCGGUCUGGUUAACGGGACAGUUGCCAGCUAUACCAGGGCCCCAGAUGGAUCCUGGAAUUCCGAACCUCAAAAAGUGAUUAAAUUAGGUGUCCUGCCAGUUAGAAGUCUACUCAUGAUAGAAGACACGUUGUGGGCAGCUUCUGGAGGUCAAGUUUUUAUAAUCAGUGUUGAGACACAUGAUGUAGAGAACCAGCUGGAGGCGCACCAGGAGGAAGGCAUGGUGAUCGCCCACAUGGCAGCUGCCGGCGUGGGCAUCUGGAUCGCGUUCACCUCAGGGUCCACACUCCGCCUUUUCCACACAGAAACCCUCAAGCACCUGCAGGAUAUCAACAUCGCCACGCCUGUCCACCACAUGCUGCCAGGGCAUCAGCGGCUAUCUGUGACGAGCCUCCUUGUCAGCCAUGGCCUGCUGAUGGUGGGCACCAGCCUGGGCAUCCUUGUGGCCCUGCCAGUCCCUCGUCUGCAAGGGAUUCCCAAAGUGACUGGCAGAGGCAUGGUCUCCUACCACGCACACAAUGGUCCUGUCAAGUUCAUUGUCCUGGCCACGGCCUUGCAUGAAAAAGACAAGGACAGAUCCAGGGACAGCCCAGCCCCUGGCCCCGAUCCCCAGGAUGAGGACCAGAAGGAUGGGCUUCCUCAUGAGGCUGCUGCAUCCUGCCUGAGCCAGAAUGACCCUGAUGGUGCUGUCUGGCUGGGAGAUUCACCUGGAUCAAUGACCCAGCAGAGUGAUAUGUCCUCCUCAUCGGGGUCCCUCAGCCUAUCUCAUGGGUCCAGCUCUCUAGAGCACAGGCCAGAGGACAGCAUCAUCUAUGACCUCCUGAAGGAUCCCAUCUCGCUGAGAAGCCGGGCUCGGCGGGCCAGGAGAGCCAAGGCCGGCUCCGCGCUGGUGGUCUGUGGCGGCCAGGGCCACCGACGUGUGCACAGGAAGGCCCGGCAACCCUACCAGGAGGAGCUGACAUCUUCUAUCAUGGCCUGGCAGAUUCCCCUGCUGAACAUAUAG